GCCUGGUCACACCAGGCAAAAUCAUUAAAAGGAUUUUAGUUUGUUUUUUAUUUUCAAAAGCAGAUAAAAAUUCUCCGAAUCGCACGUGUCAAAAUAAUUACCAGCAAAUUUUUGAUUCCGAUUCAAUGGAGACUACUCGUGAGCCUGAACCAUCGGGAUACAAUAUAGCUAAAGAUCCGGCUUUGAAAAAGAAUCGCAUAUUCCUGGGCAAUAUUCCCAUCUGUACACGGAAGGAUUUGGAAAGCAUAUGCCAACCAUAUGGUAAUGUUUUAGGCUCGGUGGUGCAAAAGAAUUUCGGAUUUGUCCAGUUCGAAUCAGAGGAGAUAGCCAAUAAAGCGGCCACUGCAUUAAACCGCUCCACUUUUAAGUCAAAUGUUUUGACUGUACGGAAUGCCAGCAUUAAACCGCCACCAGUGCCAAAGAAUAAUAUGAUGCCAAUGGCAAUGCCCAACCAAAUGCCGAUGCCGCCAGUGGCCAUUCAGGGAGGGAUAGUAAUGUCAGCAGCGGAGGCGGCUGAAGGUGGAUCUGUCAUUAAUGACUGCGAGAUUGUAGUGGUGAACCGGGAAAACACGAAAUAUGCGGAGUACGUAGAAGAGCGUUUGAGAAAAGUGGGUAUGCGAGUAGAUGUUCUAUUUCCUAACGAGGAUGUAAUGUUGGGCAAGGUAUUAGCCAAUAUCUCUUCACGUGGUUGUCUCUAUGCCGUGCUGGUUACUUCUCAACACGAGACAUUAAAUAGCAUAACUGUGCAUAUUCUUUAUGGAGUACCAGCAGAGCAUCGUAACAUGCCCGUAGAAGAUGCCAUCACUUUGGUAGCCACAGAUUUCCGACUAAAGAAGCAGCGCGAUGCUGUGCCCACCAAGGUCCCAGGGCAUCCUUACCAAAUACGGAAACUGCUUGAAAUGUUGUGCGCCAAUCAUCCAUUGACUGCUUUACAAUAUGAAUGCCUUAUUAAGUACUUGGAAUCGAAACGUCAAGAGCAGAUGAGGAGAGAGUUGGGAGAUGCAAAUGCUUUGGCCAAGCUGAAGGCUCCGGAUCCUGAGGUUGAGCUACAAAAGAAAAUCCUUAGCAUUAUGAAUAAGCCGGCUGUAACAGAUAUUAGUUACGAACUAAUGUAUCCAACAAUUGAAGCGGUUAAGGAAGAUCAACGCUUUAUGGCCUUGCUGAAGGACGCCAGAGUUUUGUCCGCUCUGGAAAGCAUUUGGACACGCGAUCUCAUCGAUACGGUAGCAGAGUUUGUAUAAAUGCAAGAUGCACUGUAAAUUUUUAAAAUGUAAUGUACUUUACCUUAAUUAAACGAUAAAACAAA